UCAAAGACGGACCCUAUGCUUGUCCUUAACCUGGAAUGAAGCAGAAGCACCAUUGAGCGAUUGUCUCUGACAGUGAAUACAGUGCAGCAGUAUUAGUGUCAUAAUAUCAACAUGUCUCUGGCGGCGGAGGCUUUCGUGUCGCAGAUGGCAGCUGCUGAGCCUUGGCCUGAAAAUGCUACUUUAUACCAACCGCUGAAGGAGGAUCAGAUUCUGCUCUCAGACCACGCAUCAUCUAUUGCUGUUCAGGCCUACCUCAGGAUGUGUAGUCUCCCGGUGCAGGUGGUUUGCAGAGCAAAUGCUGAAUAUAUGUCACCUUCAGGUAAAAUUCCCUUCAUCAAUGUUGGGAACCAAGUGGUGUCAGAACUGGGUCCGAUUGUGCAAUUCACCAAAGCAAAGGGUCACUCUCUGAGUGACAGUUUAGACGAUGUUCAGAGAGCUGAGAUGAAAGCGUACAUGGAGCUUGUUAACAACAUGCUGCUGACAGCUGAGUUGUACAUUCAGUGGUGUGACGAUGCAACAGUUGCUGAGAUUUCCCACCCCCGAUACAGCAGCCCAUACUCGUGGCCUCUCGGUAAAAUCCUGGCCUAUCAGAAGCAGUGGGAGGUUCGCAGGAAGAUGAAUGCCAUCGGCUGGGGAGGGAAAACACUCGAGCAGGUUUAUGAAGAUGUAAAUCAGUGCUGCCAGGCCCUCUCUCAGAGGCUCGGGACGCAGCCGUACUUUUUUAACAAACAGCCUACAGAGCUGGACGCGCUGGUGUUCGGUCACCUCUUCAGCAUACUGACCACCAGACUGACCAGCAACGAGCUGGCAGAGAGGGUCAAGAGCUACAGCAACCUGCUGUCUUUCUGCAGGCGCAUCGAGCAGACCUACUUUGAAGACAAGAGCUCUUAAAAGACUAAAAAAAUGACGUCAUCUUGUACAUUCUGUAUUUCCUGUUCUCAUUCCUUUGGUGCACAUAGCAGCUAAAAACCUUGUCACUGUCACCUGAAUGAAUGCAUCAAAGUGGGAGUUGUUUAACAUAAUUCCAGCACCAAAAUCCCAUAAAAUCACAGCAAAUCCCCUUUUCCACGAUAAUUAUCAGCAUAUUUGUUUUAAAAAAAGAGAUUUCUCCCUCUCAGAAAGCUUGCAGGGUUUAAAUGUCUGGGUUAAAGGCAUACCAGCUGAAUAGUUUAUGAAAUGGAGGCUUUUGCUUAUUUAUUUACGCUGUACUUUUCUACAGUUUGCACUCAUAUUUUGCUGGAUUGCCAUCUCCAUUUCCAUUCAUCGUGCUUUUUCAGUCUCCCACACACUUUAUAAAGCAGCGUAUGGAUUUCCCAGCUGUGCAACAUGACCGACUUUCAGAAGGCAGAACUCCACUUGACCCCAGUUUGAGGUCAAAUGGUACGCAUUUUAUUUUCCUCCUGGGGCACUUGUAAGCUUGUAAGAAAUGCAAAUCAGUCUUGGCAAAAGCAAGAGCAUUUUUUUUAAUGUACGUAAAAAUGAUUUUAGGGAUGUCCGUUGAGUUUUUCCACAUGGUUUUGUUUGUGUUAAAAGUGCCUACGAUCGACAUUCAGCCCUCAAUAAAACAUGGUUCAACUCCGAAA